GUGCUUCUUGAACUUAAUCGUUUCGGGAAGAUGCUGCUUCGAUCAUGCUUCCGUCGGUCAAGCAUGGCUAUCCCUGCCAAGGCAUCUCCGUUUGCCACCGUGUCCAGUGUACGGGUAGAGAACACGCCAUCCCUGAAGCGGUCGCUUGGUCAGCAUCUAUUAGUGAACACGUCGGUGUUGCAAUCCAUCGUCGACGCGGCCGAAAUUCACAAGUCAGACCACGUGCUCGAAGUCGGCCCCGGGACGGGCAACCUAACAUUGCUGUUGCUCGGCGUGGCGAAGCGAGUCACUUGUGUGCGUGAUUCGAUCGUCCAUUUGUUGACUUCCCUCACCUCACUGUACCCCUCAGGUUGAGUAUGACCACCGCAUGAUCGCGCAGCUCGAGGAGCGUUUCGCGGCAGAGAUCGCCGCCGCCCGCCUCAAGAUUGUGCACGGAGACUUUGCCAAGAUGUCCAUGGCGUCCUUGCCCAAGUUCGACUUGUGUGUGGCCAACAUCCCGUACAACAUUUCGUCGCCCGUGGUGGGCCAGCUGCUCGGCAAGUCGCCGCAUCCACGCUUCCGCGGCGCGGUGCUCAUGGUGCAAGAAGAGUUUGCGCUGCGUCUGAUGGCUACAACGGGGACCAAGAACUACAGUCGAUUGUCAGUCAACACAUCGUUUCAAGCAGAUGUGACGUCCGUGGCGAAAGUGCCACGCAAGAACUUUGUGCCGCCACCCAAAGUGGACUCGCGAGUGAUCAAGAUCACAUUGCACUCGGACCAGCCACCGGUGGACGACCUAGCGAGGCUCGACACAUUCUUGCGCAUUGCGUUUCAGCGCAAGAACAAAACGCUGCGGUCUCAGCUCACGUCCAAGUUUGCCGCGCCGUUUCUGCGCGUAGCUAGCAAAGAAGAUACGGCGGCGGCCACCAAGGAGAUUGUGCUCUCAACGCUGACGUCGCUGGGGCUGUUGGACACGCGUGCGGUCAAACUGACGGGGUCUCAGUUUAUCACGAUAUUGGAAGCAUUGCACGCAGGAGGUGUGUCGUUCGUCCCUAGUACAUUUGGCACGUUCGAAGACGACUAGUAUGUAGUAGCUACGCUAGUACAUUGUAGCAUAGUGAUCGACGUUAAUCACACCAGGGAACCCACUUGCUAUA